AUGGAAGAUUUAGUUUCUCCUACUCAUUCUAUUUAAAUAGAUUGCAAAUUUGUUACUAGAUUAGAGAAGCUCAAAAAGCUAUAUGAUACCAGUGUUCAAAGAAAAGAUUAAUAACAUAUCAUAUUGCAAUAAUCUAACAUUACAAUAAAUGAUUGGGCUGAAAUUUAGAUAUCCUACAAAGAAUUAGAGAAGGCACACAAUGAAUUCAAUAUUACUAAUAUUGGAAAAUAGAAAAAAAUGGAUUAAUUGGAAUUUGAUUUGCUGAGAAUUAUUGUUGGAUUAUAUUGUAAUGUUCAUAAGCUACAGCCUCUUUAAAUGGUAUUUAUAAAUUUAAUAUAUAGAAUGUCUAUGAUUGGGAUUAAAUAGGAUAGAUAUUAUUCAAUAGACAUUGGAAGGUAUGCAGAAGUAAAUGGAUAGAGAGUUAAGCAACUUCAAUAGUAGAUCAUCCUUGGACUAGAGAAGAGGAUUAAGUUUUGAGUUAAUUAUACGAUAAAUAUACGGAAUAAAAUAAAUGCAAUAAAUGGAGUUUGAUAGCUAUGGAGAUGAGUAAGUUAUGUAACUCAUCCCAUGUUAGAUUGGGUAAAUAAUGUAGAGAGAGAUGGAUAAAUAAAUUGAAUCCAUAAGUAGAGAGGUAUAAAUAGUAUUUAAUAUUUUUUUAGAGGUCCAUGGUACAAAGAGGAUGAAAUAAAAUUGUUGGUAGCUGUUCUAAAAUAUGGAAAGAAAUGGUCAUAAAUUUCAAGAAGAGAUUUUGAGAAUCUAAGAACAGAAAAUUGUUUAAAAAAUAGAUUUCAUACAAUAAUUAAAAGAGAAUCAACGAGAUUUGAAAUAAACUAAACGCAAUCUAAGAAAUAAAUUUUAUAAAAAUUAAAGCAAGAAGAUGAACCAUAAUUGAUAGAACAAAUAAUUUAAGAGUUAAGAGAAGAAUCCUUACUUUAAUAGCAGUCUGAUUAAAGUGAUAAGCUUAAAAAAAAGUAUACACUCACUUAGGCAGAUUAAGUUCUCGAUUUUGUAAACAAUACUUUUCAGAUUGCCAUAAUUAAGAAGAAUAAACUCAAUAUAAUAUAAUGA